AUGACAGAAAGAAAAGUGUUAGUGCUCGAUAAUGGUGCUAGCUCCAUUAAAGCCGGUUAUGCAAUCGUUUCACAACAACCGAGAAUUGUUCCUAACUGUAGAGUAACACGCGGCAAGGGGGAUAAAAAAACUUAUAUAGGUGAUCAAAUUAGUUCUUGCACUGACUUCUCCGGAUUAUAUUAUAGAUUGCCCUUUGAAAAAGGUUUUCUUACGAAUUGGGAAGUUGAAAAGGGUAUUUGGGAUAGAAUAUUUUCAAAAGAUAUACUUGAUUGCGAUCCGCAAAAAACCAGCCUUCUUAUUACGGAACCAUGUUUUAACUUGCCGAAUAUUCAAAGAACAUAUGAUGAAAUGAUUUUCGAAGUAUAUGAAUUUCAAUCAUAUUGCCGAACAAUCGCCCCAUGGUUAUGCAUUCAAAAUGAUACGUCAAGUCUUUAUCCAAAUAGGCCACAAAACCCUGCUGAACCUCCGGAUUGUGUUUUAGUUGUUGAUUCUGGUUAUUCUUUUACUCAUAUUGUCCCUUUUGUCAUGGGUAGACCUAUUCUUCCUGCUAUUCGAAGGAUCAAUAUUGGUGGAAAAUUACUGACCAACCAUCUUAAAGAAAUUGUGUCAUUUCGAUAUUGGGAUAUGAUGGAUCAAACUUAUGUUAUGAAUGAAGUUAAAGAAACAUGUUACGUUUCCCAAAAUUUUUUUGCGGAUCUCGAAACAUGUAGAAAAAAUACACGAGAUAACCCGAUUCUUCAAGAGUAUGUGCUUCCAGAUUUUUCAAGGAAUACCAAAGGAUAUAUUAGGGAAAAAAAACGCGGUGUAGAAUCAUAUGAUCAAUCGGACGAACAAGUUUUAUACAUGAAUAAUGAACGUUUCACAGUGCCAGAAAUAUUAUUUAACCCAUCUGACAUCGGCAUGAACCAAGCGGGAAUUCCUGAAGUGAUAGUAGAGGCAAUUAAUGCCACUCAUCCUGGUACCAUUUGUUUUAUUUUGAUUGUUUUGAUUUCAUCGGGUAGACGGAGGGAUGCUGAUUAUUUGGUGGUAACUGACGACAGUAAUUUGGGUUUUAUAUUCAUCAAUUUGAGUUUAGACAUGUUUCCUUUUCCUGUAAAUGAUGUAGAUUUGCAUGGUUUAUUUUAUGGAAAUAUCGUAUUAGUCGGUGGAAACAGUUUAUUCGCCGGAUACAAAGAGAGGGUAAAAUUUGCUUCCACGCCAGAGUUUAAUGAAAGAUUAGUUACGCGUUCUGAAUACUUGGAAUAUGGAAGUAAUAUUUGUCUUAGAAAAUUUGGAUUAGGUGGUGACGAAAUUGAUGAGAUGUCUGAAUGA